AUUCAAUGCAGGACAAAAAAAAGGUGGGUGGCAAGAUGCAACACAUCUUCCUUCACUUUACUAAGCAAGGCAUCUUGACCAAGACCAGUACUAGGAUUUAAUUAGUUCACACUUGGAAUGGAUUCACUAGUUGCAGUUUCCAUCAAGCAGCGUCUUUGGCCUUGCAAUAUAUUUAAAGACCUCAACUGUUCAGACUCUUCAUAAGUUGAGCGGUGAGCUGAGUUGCAUCCGCGAUUAUCAUCAUUCAAGAAUUCAGAUCACAGGUUGCAUACAAACAGAUCAAUAUGUAUCCCUCGCCCAACGAGCCUCCGAAGUACAGUGUAGAGGGCCAUCCGGGUCAUCACGUUCCCACUUCUGGGUAUCCCAACCCGAUGACGAGCUCAGUCCAAGCAGUUGCUCCUCCAUACCCUGCCUCCAAUUUCCAGCCUCAUGCGGCUGCUGGCAAAUGGUCCACUAAUCUUUGCCAUUGUUGCGAUGAUCCUGCAAAUUGUAUAAUCACUUGCUUUUGCCCUUGCAUCACAUUCGGGCAGAUUUCUGAGAUAGUGGACAGAGGUUCCACAAAUUGUGCUGCGAAUGGCACGGUGUACGGGCUACUGGCGAUGACCGGAUUUGCAUGCCUAUACUCAUGCUUUUACCGAUCAAGGCUGAGGGGGCAAUAUGACUUGGCAGAGGAUCCAUGUGUUGAUUGCUUAGUUCAUUUCUUCUGUGAAGCUUGUGCUUUGUGUCAAGAAUACAGAGAGCUCAGGAACCGGGGCUAUGAUAUGGGAAUCGGAUGGGAAGCCAACGUGGAUAGACAGAAGAGGGGCGUUAUGGUGCCUCCUGUUAUGGGUCAGAGCAUGACAAGAUGAAAACUACUUGUCCUGAUGAAUGUCCAUUAUUAUCUUUGAAGUGGGAUGAAGAAAGAAGGAAAGAGAAGAAAUUCUACAUCAGUUAAUGUCUUACUACAGUUGCUUUUACUGCCUUGUUAGGGGAUAUUAAGAUUGGUUCCAAAAUCAUCGUGCACAUAGCAGCUGCUCUCAGUGUUCUUGUACUCUGUCAAUUGUCAAUCGUUGAUUUGUAUAUGUGUUUGAGACAAGUGAAUCCGAUGAAGAGAAAUAAUGAUUGUGGUUGCAUUUUCCUGUGU